AUUUGUAUCCCCUUUUCCACAUAGAUUUCUCACCGACUGAAGGCAGUGCAAUCACUCCUCUAUGCCAAAAAGGGUAUUUUCCCUGUGGGAAUCUGACCAAGUGCUUACCACGCGCUUUCCACUGUGAUGGCGUGAACGACUGUGGGAAUGGCGCUGACGAGGAGAACUGUGGGGACACUAGUGGAUGGGCGACUAUAUUUGGCACAAUCCAUGGAAAUGCUGAGGAAGUGGCAUUCACACAGGAGUGCUUUCUAACCCAGUAUCCAGGGGGCUGUGACUGCACGGAAACUGAACUGGAGUGUGUAAACGCCGGUUUAAGGUCCGUGCCCCCCGUCUCCAGCAACAUGACGUUAUUGUCUCUUAAGAAAAAUAAAAUUCACAGUCUUCCAGAUAAAGUUUUCAUCAAGUACAGAGAACUUAAAAAGAUGUAUCUUCAGCAUAAUUGCAUUAGACACAUAUCCAGGAAAGCAUUUUUGGGAUUACAUAAUCUGCAAAUAUUAUAUCUCAACCACAACUGCAUUACAGCCCUCAGACCUGGAGUAUUCAAAGACCUACACCAGCUAACAUGGCUAAUUCUAGACGACAAUCCAAUAACCAGAAUUUCACAACAGUUAUUUACUGGAUUAAAUUCCUUGUUUUUCCUGUCUAUGGUUAAUAACUACUUAGAAGCCCUUCCUAAGCAGCUGUGUACCCAAAUGCCUCAACUCAACUGGAUGGACUUGGAAGGCAACAGGAUAAAGCAUCUUACAAAUUCCACUUUUUUGUCAUGCGAUGCACUCAGCGUGUUGUUUCUGCCGAAAAAUCAAAUUGAUUUUGUUCCAGAGAAGACAUUUUCUUCAUUAAAAAAUUUAGGAGAACUGGACCUGUCUAGCAACAUGAUAAUGGAGCUACCAGCCUACAUUUUUAAAGAUCUGAAGUUUCUACAAAAAUUGAAUCUGUCGUCCAACCCUCUUUUGUAUCUCCAUGAGAACCAGUUCGAAAGUCUUAAACAACUCCAGUCUCUAGACCUGGGAAGGAUAGAGAUUCCAAAUAUAAACACACGCAUGUUUGAACCCAUGAGGAAUCUUUCUCACAUUUAUUUCAAAAAUUUUCGCUACUGCUCCUAUGCUCCGCACAUUCGAAUCUGUAUGCCCUUGACUGAUGGCAUUUCUUCAUUUGAGGACCUCUUGGCUAACGAUAUCCUCAGGACAUGUGUCUGGGUUAUAGCUUUCAUAACCUGCUUUGGAAAUCUUUUUGUCAUUGGCAUGAGAUCUUUCAUUAAAGCUGAAAACACGACUCAUGCUAUGUCCAUCAAAAUCCUUUGUUGUGCGGACUGCCUCAUGGGCGUGUAUUUGUUCUUCGUUGGCUUUUUCGAUAUCCAAUACCGCGGGCAGUACCAGAAGUAUGCGCUGCUGUGGAUGGAGAGCGUGCAGUGCCGCCUCAUGGGGCUGCUGGCUGUGCUGUCCACCGAAGUCUCCGUCCUGCUGCUGACGUACUUGACGUUGGAGAAGUUUCUGGUCAUCGUCUUUCCCUUCAGUAACAUUCGUCCCGGGAAACGGCAGACGUCUAUCAUCCUCAUUGGCAUCUGGAUUGUGGGAUUUUUAAUAGCUGUGAUUCCACUUUGGAACGAAGAUUAUUUUGGAAACUUUUAUGGAAAGAAUGGCGUAUGUUACCCACUUUAUGAUGACCAAACAGAAGAUAUUGGAAGCAAAGGGUAUUCUCUUGGCAUUUUCCUAGGAGUGAACUUGCUGGCUUUUCUCAUCAUUGUGUUUGCCUAUCUUAUUAUGUUCUGCUCCAUUCAAAAAACGGCCUUGCAGUCUUCGGAAGUGACGCAUCACAUUGGAAGAGAGGUGGCUGUUGCCAACCGUUUCUUUUUUAUAGUGUUCUCUGAUGCCAUCUGCUGGAUUCCUGUAUUUGUAAUUAAAAUUCUUUCCCUCUUCCGAGUGGAAAUACCAGGCACAAUCACUUCCUGGGUCGUCAUUUUUUUCCUGCCAGUAAACAGCGCCUUGAACCCAAUCCUCUACACGCUCACAACCAGCUUCUUCAAGGACAAGUUGAAACAGCUGCUGCACAGGCAUCGGAGAAAAUCGGUUUUCCAAAUGAAAAAAAAAAAUUUAUCUAUAUCUAUUUUGUGGACAGAUGACUCCUCUUCCCUGAAACUUGGGGUUUUGAACAAAAUAACCCUUGGAGACAGCAUAAUGAAACCGAUUUCCUAGUAAUGAUUGGUGUUUGCUGGGCUUUCCAUGGACUACUGUUAAAAAGUGCAGCACUUGGACGAUGACAUCUGCAAUGCGUUUU